AUGCCAGAAUCCACCUGCGGCUGGAGGACAAGCCGGACGAGAGGGCCGAAUUCCGGGCCCAGCGGCUCGAUUUCGCGGCGCUCAUGCGGCCAGUGGACCCGGACCGCGCCGAGGAGGUCUGGUUCGGAGGCGAGCGGCUGGAGCCGACGCCCAUGCAGUGCACCUUGGAGAUCAGGAGCAGCGACCUCACCGCGAGCGCCUUCGCCCGGCGGGCGCCCGAGGCCCCGCCGGCCGAGCCGAGGCGGCGGGAGGAGAAGCAGGUGCCCUCGCUCCCGCCGCCCGAGGCCGAGGGGCAGAGGACCUCGCAGAGAGGCGCGUCUCGGGGUGCCCCGAGGGCCCCAGUGGAGGAUCCCAGACCUGCUCCUGAACAUCGUGUUCCCGAUGUUCAAUGCUGUGGGCAUCGUUUCGAUUGUCGAAGGACUUCCGCAGUGGCCAGAAGACGACUCCAUACUGGAGGCGUCCUCUGCCCAGCCGGCCACCACCGCGUGGCGCUUCGGCGCGCCCCGCGGGGCGCUGCUGUCGCUGCCGAGAGGCCCGCGCGGCCUUGCGCC